CCAGUGCCUCCCCUCACCAUGCCCGGGCUCCGCUCCGCGCCCGGGCCGCCCGCCUUCCUCCUCCUCCUCCUCCUUCUGCUGCUCCCCGCUCCCGUCCCCGCGGAUCCCGGCGCCGGGCGGCAGCUGGAUCCCGGGAGCCGCCGGGCCGCGGCGGCAGCGAGGGUGGCCCUGCAGUACCUCAACUUCAAGGCGGGAUCGCCCGGGGGGCUGCGGGCGCUGGGGCAGCUCCGCAAGGCCGCCGUGAAGAACAUCCCAGACUUUGGGCACAAGUAUUACCUGCAGUUCAGCACAGAAGACUACAGGACUGGGGAAAACGCUGGGAGCUGCCUGGCCACGGUGUUGUAUCCAAGGAAAAAGUCUCCUCCUGUUGUCAGCAUCAAGUGCUCACACACCAAAGACCAGAAUGAAAUCCAGGAAGAGGACAACAGACUCUACCAAAGGAUCAGGCAGCAAACCAAACCAAUAACUGGGAGAAAUAUUCCAGACAGCUAUGGCAACAUUGAGCCUGCCCUGGAGCCAGCCUGGGCUCUGGCUGUGGCUGGCAGCAGCUCCAUCAUGUGGGAAAAGUCCACAGAGGACGUGGGAUACUUCCUGGCACAAGUGAAGUCGGUGAAGCAGUGGAUGAGGAAAGAUGAUUUAAUUGAGUUUGACUACACUGUCCUGCUCCAUGAAAUGCCAACACAGGAGAUGAUUUCCUGCCACAUGCGCCUCACGUGGCUCCCUGGGCGGCCUCUGAAAGUGAAACACUUCUGUCCCUCCAAGACCCACGGGCUGGAGAACGGAUCUGGGCUGGGAUCAGGAUCAGCUGCUGGGCUGUCAGAGGAAAUGGGGGCCAACUUCUGAGACAGAGUGUCAGAAUCCAUGGAUUCAGGGAGAAAAAUCCUUGUGCCACCAGAGCUGGAGCCGGCGUCGGGUUUCCACACAAGUCAGUGAUUGGGAUGCUUUCACUACUCUGCCCUGUGCCAAAAUUAUUUCCUGUCACUUCUCAAACUGCAAGACUCAACUUCUAGAGAGUUCUACCUAAAGCCUUUGCUACUGCACAUAUACACAGAUGAACAUACACAGGUUGAUUUUAUGUCAUUAAUUAACUGUUACGUAGAGUUUGUAAACAAAGGUAAUAUAUUUAGGUAAAAAAAAAUCUCCAGGAAAGUAUUAAUCUGUCAUUAAGAAAUAUUUGCCUACUAAUUUUUUGGGUCAUUUUUCGGGCUGGAAUCAUGCUGGUGUUCAACUCACCUCUCCAAUAAACCAAAUACCAUCACUCAGGGG